AUGCUUGGACUCCCGAUCGUAUCUUUCGAUUCAAACUCAUCCACUUUGCCACCAUCGGUAUUCAUCAAUCUGUUCUGGCUACUCCCAGUAGCAUGGACGUUUGUGAUACACGAUGGGAAACAUCAGUUCUAUGGCGAGAGCACUCAAGCUAAUUCACAGCUUGUCGUCCUCGAGAUUCAUGAAGAGCAUUGUUGCACGGCACAAGUAUGGCCCCCUCGUGCUAAAGAUCUUCAUCAAGCCCGACAGCUCGAUGAGUCUCAGAGUAAUUCAGCGGCGACUGAAGAUGGGUCGGAUCGAGUCUCUAUGAUCGUCUCAGACAUUGAGAAGAAGUGGAUUGCGUUUCAGCUCCUUACAUCUCUACGGGAUGCGCGGAUGAACAAGGUCUCACAUGGCGACAUCAAGUCCGACAAUGUCCUGAUCACAACCGAUCUCACUGUCCUCGUGACCGACUUCUCGUCUUCCUUCAAGCCAACGUAUCUACCGAUAGAUGACCCGGCCGACUUUUCAUUCUUCUUCGACACGUCUGCGCGACGAACAUGUUACAUCGCACCGGAGCGCUUCUAUGGCGCGGAUUCGAAGAUCGCGCAGGAGAAGGCCGAGGCUGUGGGUGAAGCCGCGAGCGAUGGUAGCGCACCGUGGGAGAAGAGGACGGGGAAGGUUACUGAAGAGAUGGAUGUCUUCUCUGCUGGGUGCGUACUGGCAGAGACGUGGACCGAUGGCCGCACGGUAUUCAACCUGAGUGAGCUAUUCGCGUACAAGGACGGACAGCUGGGCUUGGACGGCAUUCUGGAUAAUCUGGAGGACAAGAAUGUUAAAAUGCUGUCGAGAAACCCAAGCGACCGACCGACAUUUGAUCGCAUUCUCAACACCUUCCGGGGCACCGUAUUCCCCGAAUACUUCUACACCUUCCUCAAGGAUUACAUCACCGAUCUAUCUGAGUUGCCGGACAGUCCCGAGCCCGACUUCCUUCGACGAGUGUGCGGAGUUCCUGGGACCAAAGUCGACCAAAUGCUGGAACAAUGGGACUCUUUGAGUGUUCAUCUGGAAGGACAGGGCACGAACGAACACGUGUUUGUAAGGGCAACGUACGCUCGAGCGCUCGUCCGUCUGGCGGACGCUGCUGUUCGUAUGCUGGAGAUCAGUCAUGCCUCACAACCAGAGUCGAGGAAGGAUCUGCCAAAACUUCCAGACUCGGACUACGACAGCAUGCUUGCAGAAAUCCAAAACGUUAUCGAGGAGCAGGCCACGAUGUUGCUUGUGGACUCGAACAGUAACGUCAAACGGAGCAUGCUGGCCUCCAUCUCGGAUCUCUGUCUCUUCUUCGGCCGCCAGAAAUCAAGCGAUGCGGUCCUAAGCCACAUCAUGACGUAUCUCAACGACCGCGACUGGCAAUUGCGGUUGGCUUUCUUCGACGGCAUUGUCACAGUAGGGGCAUUCAUCGGCAUCCGAGCUAUCCACGAGUACGUCCUGCCGCUCAUGCUGCAGGCUCUCGCCGUUGUCGCCCGAGUGAUCGCAUCUCUGUCCAGUCUCGCUUCCCUGGGACUUUUGAAGCGAAUGUAUCUCUGGGACGUUUAUCACCGAGUUCUGGGCUUCCUGUACCACCCGAAUACGUGGAUUCGCCAGAGCACAGCAGGCUUCAUCGCGGCAGCCGCUCGCAACUUGCCCACGUCGGAUGUCUGGUGCAUUUUGUACCCAUCUUUGCGGUCGUCCCUUCGGUCGGACAUCGUAACGUUGGACGAGGACUCCAUUCUCAAUGCCCUCUCACCGCCUCUGGCCAAAUCCGCCGCUCUGCAGAGGUCACCGCCAGGCUUCUGGGAUUCGUGCGAUCCACGGUAUGCGAACAAGUCGUCAUUGAGCAGCCGUUCGAGCUCUUCCAGCAAGAGCGACUCACAUCUCCUGAAGGACAAGGGCAUCACAGCUAAGGAUGAGAAGAAGGUUGUCGCAAUGAAGGACUUCAUCUACAAGCAAGCAGAGUCCUCUCGAGCUAGAGGCGCCGACACCACCGGAGGCGGCGCUCACCUCAGGCAAAUCCAUCUCCUUGACGAAUCUAGGCGUCACGCCGCAGACCGUCUUCAUUUCUCCACGGACCAUCUGAUCGGAGAAUCCUCCAGUCGGCGCUCGUCGUUUGCCAGUCGCAGUAACCGAGGGGACAACCCUGCAGAAGAAAUUCGCAAACGUCUCAUCGGUCAACAUGAACUCUCUACUUCUCCCACAAAGGCCCCGGUGCCUCGGUCCGAGGCGGCCGCAUCCGACUCCGUCAUCUCAUCUGCUGUCGACGGUAGCCCUGGAGUUACCAAGGGCCACGUUCGCCACAACUCGAAAGCUCUACCUGCUGUCACAAGCCACGCCACUGCGACGGGGACAACGAGCGUACACGAGGACUCACGCUCUGGGCAAAGCACGCCCGUUCCCGGCAAUCUGGCUGGCGGCCAUGUUGGACCGCUGGCGCCGUACAGCAGCACAUACGAGGGAGCUGAUCCAGGCGUGAGAGCAUUCCUCGAGCAAGUAGAUUUGGAGAAUUAUCGUGAACCACUCCUGGACUUCGGACCGCGCGUGGUAGCGAGCCAUCGGAAGCGAGGACCGCGACCAAGGUCCGCUUCUCCUCAACAGGCAACAAUGAUUGCACACCUACCCCAGCAUACCGGUGCAGUGACUGCAAUCGUGACUGCUCCCGAUCAAAUGUUCUUCGCAACCGCUUCUGAGGACUCAUCGAUCCUGAUCUGGGACAUCCCCCGCCUCGAGCGCAGUGUAGCAGCUCGUCCGCGUUUGACAUAUCGAAUGGAGGCGCCGGUGUCAACGAUGUGCCGGAUUGAGGAGACACACUGCCUUGCUGCUGCAAGCGAAGAUGGCGCCGUCCAUGUGUUGCGCGUCCACGCCUCACCCGGGGCCUCGACAACGAAGUAUAAGAGCAUCGAUUGCAUCAGGACCUGGAGAACAGCCCCCGAAGAUGGCUAUGUCAUCAAGAUAUCUCACCUGCAAGGUGACACUGGAACGAUUGGGGUGCUCGAUAUGAGGUCGAUGGAGCUCAAAACGCGGUUCCAGCAUCCCCUCGAGCUCGGCCCUAUUUCUGCGGUGUGCCCAUCGACUCACUGGGUGGUCAUUGGAACGGUCACUGGUGCUCUCAGCCUAUGGGAUCUGCGCUUCGGGCUGCUGCUGAAGUCCUGGGCAGCGCGAGGUGGCAUCACGUCCUGUGCGAUCCACCCGUCUCGCGGCCGUGGGCGCUGGAUCAUGGUGUCCGUAGACCGAGACGACCCAGGCGAUUCGGGAUCACGUUCUUCGUCAGAGGCGCCCCUUGUCGAGACGUACGACAUUGAGACGUCAAAGCUCGUUGAGGUAUUUGAGGUCCGCUCAACACGACCACCCCAGCGUCCGGCCAUUCCCCCAUCUCGAGACGUCCUUCAGACCAAGUCUGAGCUCAUCGCGGAGUUGGCUGGUGGUAUGGGCGGCCUUGCACAUAUCUCAGCAGACUCGGUGGACGAGCCGAGCGUCCAAUCGCUUCUCGUUGGCCAAGGCUUCGCCUCCCUGGCAUCACCUGCUCAAGACCCAGGUGCCAACUCAUGGAUGGUGACGGCCGGAGACGAUCGUGUCAUCCGCUACUGGGACCUCGCUGGCAAUGGGGGCGGGUUCGUCAUCUGUGGCUCUCCUCGGGAGAAAGAUGUCAGUUUCAAAGCGACGCAGGCCACCCCUCAGCUUUACUACACGCUCCCUAACGCCCGCGCGCCACACCACCCUGGUGGCGCCCAUGGCGGAGGUGGAUCUGCGGGCCGUGCGCCCAACAAUAAUGAUGGUGGAGCCGAGAGGGGUGGUGCGGCUGGCGGGGGUCGCGGCGGCGCUGUGGCUGGGGGCACUGGCGGGCAAGGCGUCGCUGGCACGUCUCCGCAAGGAGGUGGUGCGGGUGCGGGGAUGGGUCAGCGGCAACCGCUGCGCCCGCAUUACGACUCGAUCUGCUGCUUGGGCAUGGUGGAAACGCCAUUCUCGAGCUGCAUCGUCAGCGCUGACCGGAGCGGGGUCAUCAAGGUGUGGAGGAUUGAAGGAAGUGGAGCGUCAAGCUCAUCUGGCGCUGGAGGCCGCUGA